AUGUUUAAACGAUUUAAUAAACUGGCAACCCCAGAGACUCAAUGUGCCAUAUUUGCCGACACAUAUUGGAGAUGGUAUAUCGACAGUUAUGAAGUAAAUGAUAAACAAACCCUUAUGAAACACACACCUUAUAAUCAACUAAAGUAUUCUGAACGUUCAGGAGACGUUUCCACGAUAAAGAAUUAUUUUAUUGCAAAUAAACUACCAAUACCUACGAAUUUGGAGAUUAUAGCUUUUCUAAAAUCACCAUUCACCCAAGGAGAUUUAAAUAAGACAUAUUAUUUAAUACGAAUGUUUCAAUUAUCUUCCACAGGUUUAUUUCUAACUAACUCCCGUUAUGAUAAAUUGAAUCGUACUAUCAAGUUUUUAGGAGCGGAGAAUUGGGAUAAUGUUAUGUGUUAUUUGGAUGCAUUGCUUUUUGCCAUGUUUGCCAAUUUGGAAAGUUUUGAACCAAUUUUAUUUUUGCCAAACCAUUCCGAUUAUUUGUUAAACCAAUUGCUGGCAUUGUUAAGAGUAUAUGUCAGUUUAUUAAGAUCCGGUAACCUAAUUACAACCGAUAUAACCAUUAAAAUAUGUGAAGCAUUAAUGAAAUUGGGUUAUAAAGAAGCUUUGAGUCAUAGACAACAAGACUCAGCUUCCUUAUUUGAGUUUUUAACUUCAACUUUGAAUAUGCCAUUAUUGACUUUCAAAAUAGACAUUAAACAUGGUGGGAAGUUUAAUAAAGAUGAUGAUGAAAAAAUAUCAAAAGAAAGAAUCUUGUUUGUAAGUAUACCAAAUGAAGAAGAGGAAGAUGAAAUAUUGGAAAUUGCCGACAAGGGAAGCGUUAGUCACGACGAAAAUGCUUAUGCAUCAACUGAUACCAUCGAUGCAAAUAUGGAAGAUCUGGUUUUGUUGGAAGAAUGUUUAGAACAUUAUUUCAAUAAUUCUAUCAGUGUUAAACGUGAAUUGGAAAGACGUGCAACUUUGUCAAAUAUUACAGAGGAUGUGGCCGCAUUAACCACUGGAACUGGUGGUAAAACCGAAGAAGAAGAAGAAGAUGAUGAUGAUGGUAAACCAAGAAUUGUCGAUAAGCUGAUGUCAAACAAAUAUGAUGUGGAAAUGAUUGAUAAUAUCAAUGAAAAGAUCAGAUCCAGAAAUAAUAGUUUCAAAAGUGAUGGUGUUCGUGUCGGAUUAAGACAAAGAUCUUCAACAUUGUCUAUUUGGUCACAGGCUGAUAAUGCCAAUGGCGGUGGUCGUCCAAGAAGAGGAAGUAUUGGUAAAGAGGUUAGUUUACCAGCAUGGAUGUUCCUUAGGUUAUUACCAUUUUAUACUGAUGAUAAUUUAAUGACCAACAAUCUUGAAAGUAUUGCCAAGAGUUCCAAGGAAUUUGCAACCAGAAGACCAAUUUUGCCAAUUUGUUUGAAAAGAUAUCGUUUUAAUUCUGGUGCUUCAGCUGGGACUAGAUCAAGAAAGAGAAUCAUCAUUCCUCCAUUCAUUGAUUUACCACAGUUUGUUGCCGAUGAUAUCGAUGAUAAUACUGGUUCAUUUAGAUUGAUUUUAGAAAGUGCUAUUUGUCAUCGUGGUGAUACUAUUGAGCUGGGACAUUUUAUAAGUGUUGUCAGAAAACAUACCAACAUUUUGGAUGAAACUGAAGAAGCCGCCAAUGCAGCCCAUUGGUAUUUGUAUGAUGAUAUGCACAAGAAGGCUAGAGUUGUUGAGAAAUCUUUUAGUGAGAUUUUCAAGACUGAAUGGCCAUACAUGUUGUUCUAUCGAUUGGUCACCACUGAAGAUAUUAGCAGUGCAUCUUCAAUCAAUAGUGCAGUCAUUCCUCCACCACAGGGAUCCAACUCCAACUAUUGGGGUGACAAUGGCACUACUCUGAAAUCUCACAAGGAUAGUAUUCCAAUUCUGAAUGUUUCACCAACUGAUCCGAAAUACAGGGAUAUUAGAGAUAAAUAUUAUUGGUAUCUUAUCGAUGAGCAUAAGAAUUAUUUUAAAGAAGAACCAAAUGUUGUCAAGGAUGGCAAUUCUGCUGUUACUUUAAGUCCACAAUACAGAAGAAACAGUCAAUGGAGUCGUGAUUCACAUAUUAGUUCUGUUAAUUUGGAUAAAGAGUCACCAGCAGGCAAAGCAUCAACCCCAAAUAAAAGAGUGUCAUCAGAGGAAAGACUGGCUGGCAGCACUCAUAGUACUGCCACUAUUUCUGUUGGUGAUAAUUCAUCCCAUUCAUCAUUUUGGAAAAAGACCAUGAAGAUGUCAGCACCUAGUGUACGACUCGACUCUACGGAUUCCCUUGGUGAGAUACAUAAACAUGGCUCACCAGGAUCUUCAGAUGUUCACAAGACCAGUGGGUUACCAAAGACAUUAAGAAAUUUGGAAGAUCAUCACAAGAAGCAUAAUCAUCAUCCGUUCCAUAAAAAGGCUCGUCAAAGAGACGAGUACAAGAAAGAACAUUGUUCAAUUAUGUAA